GCAUAUUCCGGAUAAACACGUGCGAAUUCGACAGAAAUUGUGUACCUUGUUUUGUUUUUGAUCAUUUUAUCAAUUUUUGCAGUGCAACUUUUGGUUUUUAGCAGCAACUACAUCAACAUAGUUAAAAAUGGUCCGUCGCCUCAGGAAAACUAAACAGAGCCAAAAGUACAACUACCAGACGAAUCGGAAACGAUUGAACAAAAAGAUCCAUGGAACCGGUAUGAUUCAAUGCCUUGAAAUCCGCAAAGCUGCUGAUCCGAAGAAAAAGUUGGCCGCAAACAUUCGAGACAUGGGGCUUGCCUAUAAUGUCAAUAGGACCAUCCCGAUUCCCAACAGCAAGCAGGAACGUCUGAAGGUAGCCAAAUAUGUAAACGGGUUUCUCGAGGAGGACAAUUCCGAUACUGAGCCAACGGUAGACGUGGAAGCUAAAAAGAGGAAAAAUCCUAAAGCCUACGUUGCGGAAAAACUGGAACAAGAUGCUAACGAGUACGUGGAGAGCCGAUUUCGAUUGCCGAAGGGCCAGGUCAAGUAUGUCACCGAUAUGAUCGAUGCCCACGGUUUCAACUUUAAGGCUAUGUCUCAGGAUAGGAGAAAUUAUAACCAGGACACGUGGAGACAGCUGAGACAAAAGGUACAGAAGUUUUUGUCAAUACCGGACCAGUGUUUACCUUAUCUAGAAAAGAAGGGUUGGUUGGACUGUGAUAUGGACGAUCCACAAGAUCCCCGAUGGAAACAAUAUGGUACAGACGAUGAAGACUGAUGAAUGUAAAAUAUAUUGGAACGUUUCCUUUGAA